AUGUCUUUGGCUUUUUUCCAUGAUACGAAGCUGAUUAUUUUGCACUACCUACUAUCUUUGAUUCCUAUUAUCAUCUUGAUAAAUGCUCUUGAUUCUUCCACUGUUUCAACAAAUGAGGUUUGCCAGUUUUCACUUAUUUCAUGCUCACCUAAUUGUGAUGAAGAUCAUUUAUGCAAUAAAAAUAGCUUGUUUACAUCUGAAUCCGUUCACGAUGAAUCGUUUCAAAGAUCACCAUCGUCUUUCAAGACACCAAGUAAAGAAGUUUCUUCUCCUGGAUCAUUUGAACUUCCAUCAAUGCCGAGUGAUAAAAGUAGCUCUCGUGACUGUUCAGAUGGACAUUGUUCAGUAAACUUUUUAAUCUCUUCAGAUUUAACUGAUACUGAUCAUUCAAACAGUGCAUGCUCUCUCUCUCCAUGUCCUCAGUCUGUUGGAUAUUGUUCAAAUGCUAAUGAUGAAUGUUCUAUCUUGUGUUCAGAUCGAAUGCUAGAAAGUGCCUUCUACAGGUCUGUACGUACAGACAUCAGUCUUGAUAACCGCGCCAAUUCAUAUACAUUUCAUACGGGUUUCGCAGAUAUUCCAGUGUCACAAGAUACAUCAUUUAAAACUUCAUAUUCGUGUAGCAAAACUUCUGCAUUUACAUCUUUUGGUUGCAAUGAUUCGGAUAGUGCUCAUUCAUUUCAGUACAAAAACUACAAUAAAUCUCGUGGAUCUGAUUUUAAGCACUUGUGUGAAACGUGUAUUUCCUCCGACAAAAUACCUACGUCAAACAGCUCACCUUUAAAAGUUUGUUUUUCUGAAACUGACCGUGGUUUUACUAAGAUCAUUGGGUGCUCUGCUAUCCUUGAUCACUCAAAUACUUAUCUAACAAGCUCUACAAAUUGCAUAAGAACAUCUAACUCCAUAGUAUGCUUUGAAUCUCAGGAUUUAAAUAGUGUUUACCAAAGUUCGCAAAAUGUGUAUAAUCAUCUUCAACGUCGAAAAACUGCCUGCAUCUCUGAUGCCUUUGUGCCUUCUAGUGAUGAACGUGAAUUCUUAUAUGACAGAACAGAGGUCCAAUGUUCAAAGGUAAAAAAUACCACUGUACCAUCAGUUUAUCCACUAAAAGAAGUCGAUUCAUCCAUGUCGGGAAUUAAACACAAUAUUGUAACAGACAAGUUUGCUAAUGAUGAUUUUAUGUGUGACCCAGAUCCAAUAAUUAUGGGGUCAGGGAAAAUACCAACUACUUCCUCCUUGGGAAAUAGAUCUUUAAAUAUUUACUCCAGUUCUACUGAUUUGGCAAAUUCUAUUCAUCAUGUUGAACCAAAACAGUUGUCACCUAACUAUAACUAUUAUUCUAACAAAACUCCAGUAACUUCCAUAGCUUAUCCUACAAAUGACCGUAAUAAAAAUUCAGUGUUACUUCAAGACUCAAUCAAAAAUACCAAUAGGAAGGUCUCAUCACACAGUGUGGACCUAAGACAUCACUGGAAAAGUAAUGCAACAAAUUCAACAACUAAAACUAAUUGUUUUCCAGUGGUUGAAUGUCAAGAUUCUUUUGGGUCGAAAUGUAAGCGGAAAGGUUCAAAAGUGCUUGAACGUGGCGGUAAGCGUCAUAAAUCAUUAGAUGGUGAAAUUCGUGAAAAUGUUUCAAAUCACCCUCCUGCAGAUGCAUUGAUGGGUCCUGUUUUCGUCCAAAAUGUCAAUCGUUUUCUGCAAGACCCUCCACUCCAUCAUUCAUUUGACUUAUAUCCACCGAUUCCUUCACCAAAGUUUCCUCAAAACCGUUUUUCAGGGGACUGCACUAAUGAUGUAAAUAUACGAGGCCGGAAGUACUUUCAUUUUCCUUUGUCUUUAUGUAAACCUGAAAGUAAACCUAUUCCAGAUGACAUUAUUUUGCGAUUCUUAGCUCAACGUCCUGAUACCGAAGAAAAACUUACUAGUUUAAAUCGUGAAAAUUUUUUAUCAGAUGCAUAUAAACGCACUCUUAGUAGAAACUCCUAUUCUAAUUACAUUUCUCCUUCUCCUGUAAACCAAGUAUAUCCCCUCGACCACUUAACAUCACACCAGCCCUGUGACAUGUAUAUCAAUGGUUGUAUAACACCUCCUCUUUAUUCCACAGUCAGCGACAAGCCUCAAUCUCUUGGACACGGUUCCAUUACCAGUCACAACUCUAAUCAAAGGUAUUACGAAGAAGUCAUUUUGUUUAGUCAGCUUAGUGGCGAAGCACAUGCAACCUGCUCGUAUUGUAAAAUGCAAAUAAUGUUACCUCAGAAAACAGUCAAAUGGAAGUUUCACGAUAAAGAAAGCUACUUACCAUUUUGCAGUUCUACCUGUUUAGCAAGGUUGAAACGACAGGGACCUAACUGUACGACAUCAUAUGUUCCUGAUGUUAGCAAUUUUGAUAUUCCCUUUACAAUUACUUCAACAAUCGAAUCUCAGCCACUUAUUAUCCUUUUAGUUAAAAGUAACAAUCCUAAACGUAUGAAGCAAUCUUCUAAACGUCUUUCUUCCCAAGAUUUAAAAGUUAAUUACAAAAGAAGCCCCAACGAAACAUCUAAUCGUAUAUCAUUCGGGGUUAGCUCUACUGUGAAACGAUGGCGUAAUAUUCGCUGGCGAAGACUUAUUAGUAGCCCACCAGUAUGCUCAUUCAAUGUGUUGCGAACCUCUUUUGAUUUGCUCGUGUCCCAGAAAAGUUUCCUACCUAAAAAUAUUUCAUGUGACGACACUCGCGUAUGCCAGUUAUGCCAUCAAAUAGGUGAUGGAUCAAAUGAUGUAACCAGCAGAUUACUUAACUACAAUGCCGAUAAAUGGUUGCAUCUCAACUGUAUACUUUGGUGUUACGAAACGUAUGAAACAGUUAGCGGCUCGUUAAUGGAUGUAUCUUGUUCUUCAGAAAAGGCCUCAAAAACUGCUUGCACAUAUUGUAAAAAUCUGGGAGCUGGCUUACCUUGUUUUGAUUCAGAUUGCCAAGCCGUAUAUCACCUACCAUGUGCCCAUCAAAUCAAUUGUUCUUUUCACCCUGAUCGAGGAAUGUAUUGUCCGUUACAUCUUAAAAGUGCAAAUAAUAUACCCCAGCUUAAUAGCUUAGCUGUUGAAAGAAAGGUUUACAUUUCCAGAGAUGAACAUUCACAGGUCGAAAAAAUAAUAUCAGACGAAGAUCAUUUCAGUUCAAUGCAAAGUGUUAAGGAACCAAAGCUUAAAUUACGUAUUGGAACAUUAAUAUUGCAUCGAAUAGGCCAGUUGUUACCUGAACAAUUAGCUAGUGGAGUUUUCCAUACAUCAAACUUCAUAUAUCCUGUCGGCUACUGGACCUCUCGAAUUUAUUGGUCUUUUCGUCACGUGGGUCAGCGUUGUCGUUAUGACUGCCGAAUAGAAGAUUCAGUACGACCUGAUGAUGUAAAUCAGUCCAUCGUUGAUCCGAUUUUAGUAAAAUUUACUGUGGAAGUAAUAGAACCAAAUGAAGAAAAAAUCUUUUUUCAAGAUACGACUUGUGAUGGUGUUUGGCGGAAAAUAAUAAAUCGUAUAAAUUUGUCACGCAAAUGUUCGUCGUUUUUCCGAAUUUUGCAGGAUAACAUACAAGGUGAGGUGUUAUAUGGUCUUACAGAGCCUCAUAUUGUUCGAGCGAUCGAAUCUUUACCUGGUGUAGAUCGUCUAAGCAAUUACCUUUUCAAAUUUGGUAAACUGCAGUUAAUCCAGGAAAUGCCUUUAGCAAUAAAUCCUACAGGCUCUGCCCGAUCUGAACCAAAGCUUCGAACUUAUAUCCGGCGCAGGUCUACCGGAGAUGUUAACAUUUGUCCGUAUAUUGUCCACAACCACGUUUUUCUUGAAACUCCUGGUCAUCCUUAUAGUUCAGAUAUCGGCAGUCCCACCUACCUGAAUUCUCUGUCUCCGAGCACGACCAGCAAAUCUCAACAGUAUCGCCGACUACGUUGGGAUUGGAAAACAAAUGUCGUCUUAGCACGAUCUCGAAUACAAGGCCUGGGAUUGUAUGCUGCUCGUGAUAUAAGUAAAAGUACCUUCAUUAUUGAGUAUCUGGGAGAGGUCAUUCGUAACGAAGUAGCUAAUCGAAGAGAACGCUUAUAUGAGUCGCAAAAUCGAGGAAUAUAUAUGUUUCGAGUCGACGACGAUUGGAUCGUAGAUGCAACUAUGUCUGGUGGUUUAGCUCGUUAUAUUAAUCAUUCUUGUGAUCCUAACUGUACUGCAGAGAUACUCCACUGUGAUAAUUCUAACCAUAUAGUGAUAAUUGCUAGUAAGAAUAUCGAGAAGGGUGAUGAAUUGACGUAUGACUACAAAUUUGACCUAGAAGAAGAUCGUUGGGAUCGGAUUCCAUGUCUUUGCGGUUCAAUCAAUUGUCGAAAGUUUAAUAUAGCUAAAAUUAAAAUAAAUAUUCUGGCAUUCAACCCAAAUAGAGUCCACAGGAAAGGUGACAAGAUGCCAGAUUUGAGCAGCAGUAAGAGUUCGACAAAGACUUUGAUACCUGCAAAAAAGAACCCUCUAAAAAGUACGGACAAGGUUAGUCACUCUUCAAGUUCCAGACAGCACGACAGGAAAUAUUCCCAUUCUAAGAUUACUCGAAGUCCACCUAGACGACGUGCUAGACGAAGUCGUACGUCAACAUCCAGUUCCUCAGAUUCCAAUUCGUCAUCAUCUGAUUCUGAUUCAAAUGACUCUUCAGCAUCUGACUCCUCAAAUUCAUCGAAGGGAUCUAAAAAAUCUAAUCUUGUCACAGCCUCGGAUACAAAAAACGUUAGUGAACGUCCUCAUCCAACCGGCCAGUCAAGUUCUAUGCAUUCUAAAGUAGGUGAUAAAACAGUCCAGAUGUCUUAUAAAUCAUCGGAACCUGGUGAUUCAAAGAAAAAAGUAGUCAGUGCAUUAACUUCUAAGGAUGAAUUGAGCAAACCUGAGGGUAACCCAAAAUCAAAUUCGACGGAUCACUUAUCAAAAGUCUCAGAUACUUCAGGUGUUACUGGGUCGACACUUUCGUCUUCAGUGCAGGAUUCUGAUGAUAAGGUUGGAGAGACAUCGAAAAAUAAAAAUCGGGAUAAAACAUCACAUAAUAUUGUAUCAAAGCCAAACAAGGAGAACAAUGCAGAAAAAUCUCUUCCAAAUAACAAUGCUGCAUCCGAUAGUCGAUUUACUCGUGUACUUAUUGAGAAGUUGACUAAAAAUAUAACGAAGGUUCAUAUUCAGGAAAUAUUCUCCGUAUGGGGAGAAAUUCAUUCAGUCGAUCUUCCACCUGAUCGUAUUCACCCGGAAUUUAACAGGGGGUAUGGUUAUGUUGAGUAUGUUGAUUCCAAAUCAGCCAGUGAUGCAGUUAAUUUCAUGAAUGGAGGACAAAUAGAUGGACAAGAAGUUAGAGUUUCUGAAGUUCAUUCUCAAACGGCACACCUAAGUGAUCGUGCAGGCCGUUCAGAUGAACGAACAGGCUACAGAAAAAGGGGCCAUGAUUCAUCGAAGCAUGAUCGUGAAAGGUCACAUAAUCGCGAAGGACAUCCUUCAAAAACAUAUACUGAUUCUACAGAACAUAAUCGUGUGAAAGAAGAUUCUGGUAAAAAACAUGCUUCUCACAAUCAUUUUCGAACUCAUGAUAGGCAAGAGCAUUCUCGAAUUCGAGAACGCAUUAGGGAUCGUGAACGUGAAAGAACACGUGGUAGUCGUCUAGAUAAUGAACUCAAAAGAAACCGACGUGGAAGCAGUGGCAGUCCAUUUGCAAGUCAUUCAACUAAUCGGCCUCGUUCUCCUCUCACGGGAUCACGUUACCGCAGACCUAGUCCUCCAAGCGCUCGAACUGGCCCUAAACGGCCUAGGUCCCAUAGUCCUAAAGCAAAAUUACAAUCAACUUCUGGUCGAGGUGAUAAAAAACCUGGAGAUGUUAACCGUCGUGAUAAGAAAGCCUCUUCCCGUUCAUCGUCUUCGUCUUCUUCCAAUUCAGGAUCAUCUUCUUCCUCCUCAUCAAGUUCGAAUUCUGGUUCUAGUUCAUCCUCUAGUUCAAGUUCUUCUCGCUCACAUUCUUAG